AAAAGGCGUUUCUUCUUCCUUUUCUUGUUUUGUUUUGUUCUCGUGUUUCUUUUUAAAUAUACUUUUGUUUGUCAAUUGAAGACAACAUCGGAGAACACAAAAACAGGGAACAAGAACAAGAGGAGAGAGAGGCAAAAAAAGAGAGAAGACAAAAUGGGACAUUACAGAGCUGAUGAGGAAUAUGAUUACUUGUUUAAACUGGUGUUGAUAGGGGAUUCUGGUGUUGGGAAAUCCAACCUUUUGACUAGAUUUACAAAAAACGAGUUCACCCUUGACUCUAAGCCUACAAUUGGAGUAGAGUUUGCAACUCGCAAUAUUCAUGUCGAUAAUAAGGUUGUUAAAGCUCAGAUUUGGGACACUGCUGGCCAAGAAAGAUAUCGUGCAAUAACCAGUGCAUAUUACCGUGGUGCUCUUGGUGCUUUACUAGUCUACGAUGUUACCCGUAAUUUUACAUAUGAAAGCAUAGAAAGGUGGCUGAAGGAACUCAGAGAACACACCGAUGACAACAUCGUGAUUAUGUUGGUCGGAAACAAGUCGGACUUGCGCCAUUUGCGAGCUGUUCGGACAGAGGACGGCAAGGCUUUUGCUGAGAAUGAGAACAUUUAUUUCAUGGAAACAUCUGCACUCGAGUCUCACAAUGUUGAGAAUGCGUUCGCCGAAGUGCUGACCCAUAUGUAUCAUCUUGCAAAGAGGAAGGCUCUUGAAGUUGGAGAUAACUCGGAAGCUUUGCCGAAAGGCCAAACGAUCAAUGUUAGAUUGAAUGACGAUGUGUCGGCCAUGAAAAAAGCAGGAUGUUGCUCGUCUUAACCGCAGGCUUUGAAAAUUUUAU